GAAAAGCCAUUGAGGGAUACUUCCUUCUGGGAACAGAUGCAGCCUAUCAGACAGCGCUCGAUGUCCUGGAAAAAAGAUAUGGAAGCUCCUUUAUGGUUGCUAAGGCUUUCAGAGAUAAGCUGGCCUCAUGGCCAAACAUAGGACCCAAGGAAAGCAUUCAGCUACGAGAGUUCUCAGACUUCCUUCAAGGCUGUCAAGCAGCCAUGUCGCAAAUAAAGAGCCUGGAGGUCCUUAACGACUGUGGUGAAAACCGACGAAUGCUCUCCAAGCUCCCCGACUGGCUUACAGCAAGAUGGAACCGAAGGGUGACCAGGAUGGAAAAGGAAAAUGAGACUUUCCCCAGCUUCGAUCAGUUCGUGGAAUUCGUCACAGAGGAAGCCGAUAUAGCUUGUAAUCCGAUUACCUCCCUUCACGCUCUGAAGUCUGGAGAUGGUGGAAAGGAGAAGCCACAAAAAACACGAAGUGUUGGUGCUAAGGUGCUAGCAAGUAGCUCUGAAGAGAAAACAGAUGCUAAAGGAUGUGUAUUCUGUGAGAAGUCAAAUCAUGGCUUACAGACAUGUCGAAGGUUCUUGAAAGAGACAACUGCAGAACGGGUCAAGUUUGUGAAAACAAACAAGCUCUGUUUUGGAUGUUUGAAAUCAGGACAUCAGUCCAAGAACUGUGAGAAGAGAAGCAUUUGUGAGACAUGCAAAAGGAAGCAUCCAACAUGUCUACAUGAAAAUCGUCCAAGGGAAGAAGAUAGGAAAGAACAAGAGGACGGCGAAAGAAAGGAGAGUGGGAGACGCUUUAAGAAAAGGGAAGACUUAUCAGAGUCUGAAGAGAAAGAAGAGACACCAGUAGAGGCAACAGCUAACAGAGUGGUGCAAGACAAGAGGAGCACCUAUUCCUCCACAGUUGUUCCUGUAUGGCUGUCCACAGCAAGUAAUCCAGAGCAGGAAGUGCUCGUAUACGCUCUAUUGGACAACCAAAGCGACACCACCUUUAUCCUGCAAGAAACGGCAGACGUGUUAGUUACAAAGAAACAGCCUGUGCAAUUAAAGCUCUCCACGAUGUCAUCCAAAGAUACCGUCAUCCAGAGUCAGAAGUUAACUGGACUGCAGGUCAGAGGUUAUAAUGAGACAAGGAAAAUAUCUCUCCCAGUAACCUACACAAGAGAGUUUAUUCCUGCAAACCUAAGUCAUGUCCCAAUACCUGAGACAGCAAGAUCAUGGCCUCACCUAGAGCACCUUGCUGGAGAGAUCACUCCUUUAUGUGACUGUGAGAUUGGCCUGCUCAUAGGCUACAACUGUUCUCAGGCCCUGUUGCCCAGAGAAGUGGUGUCAGGAAAGGAUAAUGAGCCUUUUGCUCAACGAACAGACUUGGGCUGGAGUAUAGUUGGCUGUGUAGAUCCCUGCGUUGAUUAUGGAGAUGCAAUUGGAAGCAGCCACAGGAUCGUUGUGAAACAAGUGACUCCACACAUUGAGUCACAGGCUUAUCAACCAAGUGAAGUACGAUACAUAUAUCGAACACAAAUCAAGGAAGUUAUCACACCACCAGAAGUCAUUAAGGCACUCGAAUCAGACUUCAAUGAAAGAGUAGCCGAAGAUGCCCAUAUCUCACAGGAAGAUCUACGUUUUCUAUCCAUAAUGGAGGAAGGAAUCAAGACGAAGCCAGACGGACGUUGCGAAAUGCCUCUCCCAUUUAAAGAAGAAAGGCCAAGCCUGCCACAGAACAGAAUCUGUGCAGAUCACCGUCUCAAGUGUCUCAGGAAGAGAUUGGAGAGGGACGAGCAAUAUCGGAAGGACUACAAGACCUUCAUGAGUGAGAUGAUUGCACGCGGAGAUGCAGAGAAAGUCACAGAAGAACAACUUGACAAAGGCCCGUCCUGGUACAUUCCUCAUCACGGGGUGUAUCACCCUCAUAAACCUGGGAAGAUACGGGUCGUGUUCGACUGCUCAGCCAAGUACCAAGGCAUGUCACUGAAUGACCACCUGCUUACCGGACCGGAACUGACAAACACCUUGGUAGGCGUGCUCUGUCGCUUUCGCAAGGGUCCAGUAGCGAUCAUGUGUGAUGUGGAACGCAUGUUCCAUCAGUUUCAUGUCAGACCAGAGGACAGAGACUAUUUGAGGUUUCUGUGGUGGGAAGACGGCGACCUACAGUCAGAACCAGCGGUCUACCGCAUGAAAGUACACCUGUUUGGGGCGGCCUCAUCACCCGGCUGCGCAAACUAUGGCCUCAAACACAUCGCUGCACAAGGACAAGGUCACUUCAAAGAAACAUCCAUUAGAUUCAUAGAAAGAAACUUCUAUGUGGAUGAUGGACUAACAAGUGUGACAACCGAAGAAGAAGCAAUACAGUUAGUCGCUGAAGCAAGAGAAAUCUGCAGCAAUGGCAAGCUGCGAAUUCACAAGUUCAUCUCCAAUCGCCAGAAAGUACUUGCAUCGAUUCCCAAAGAAGAGUGUGCUGAAAUAGUACGUAAUCAAGAGUUAGCCAAAGGCGAGCCGCAGAUUGAGAGAGCUCUGGGUGUCGAGUGGUGUGUUGCCUCCGACCAGUUCCAAUUCAGAGUAGUGGUCAAAGAGCGUCCGCUCUCUAGAAGAGGAGUGUUGUCGAUGGUAGCCUCUAUUUUUGACCCACUCGGGUUUGUAGCACCUUUCAUUCUCGUUGGAAAACAAAUACUACAGCAGAUGUGCCGUGACAAGAUCGGAUGGGAUGAGCCUUUACCUGAUGAUUUACGGCCACAAUGGGAAUCUUGGUUCCUAGACCUACAGAACCUUGCUGACAUCAAGAUUCAACGAUGCUACCUACCAGACAGUUUCAAAGAGGUCCAAAGAUAUGAAAUUCAUCAUUUCUCAGAUGCAAGUGUCACAGGCUACGGAGAGUGUUCUUACCUGAGAGCAAUAGACACAUCCGGACAAAUCCACUGUUCCUUGGUCAUGGCCAAGGCAAGAGUUGCCCCCACGAAGUUAACUACAGUGCCAAGACUUGAGCUGUCCGCAGCUGUCGUUGCUGUGCGGACUAGCGACCUGCUGAAAAGGGAGUUGGAAAUAGAAGAUGCUCAGGAAAUCUUUUGGACAGACUCAAAGGUCGUGCUUGGAUAUGUCAACAACGACGCCAGAAGAUUUCAUGUAUUCGUGGCCAACCGCAUUCAGCGAAUCAAGAACAGUACCAAGCCCAGUCAAUGGAGAUAUGUGGCUUCAGAAGAAAACCCUGCAGACCACGCAUCAAGGGGUCUCAGGGCAAAGGAGCUCAUCGAGUCUAACUGGUUUACUGGCCCCGAAUUUCUCUGGCGUGAAGAACUUCCCAGCGGAGACAUCAAGGUGGGAGAGAUGUUAGCAGAAGACACUGAAGUUCGAAAGGCCUUCGUGGGCAAGACCUUGACGACGGAAGACUCACUGCUUGAUCGCUUCCAGAAGUUCUCCAGCUGGAUGAUGUUAGUCAAAGCCAUCGCUAGACUCAAACGACGUGUCAAAGAGCUCAAGGGUCUGACAGAAAGAAUCAAUGAAGCCACGAGUCUCGAAGAAAGAAAGGAAGCAGAAAUCACGAUCAUAGGCAUUGUCCAAAGAGAAACCUUAUCAAAGGAGAUACAAGGUCUUCAAACUAAGAAGGACAUAAGCAAGGACAACAGACUAUCCAAACUAAACCCUUACCUGGACCAGCAAGGUAUCCUAAGGGUGGGAGGUCGACUGGAACGUGCUGCACUGCAUCGACACAUCAAGCAUCCAGCAGUCUUGCCUAAGAACAGCCACAUAACAACACUACUGAUCCAGCACUACCACCAAAGGGUGCAGCAUCAAGGACGUGGCAUAACAAUGAACGAGCUACGAUCAAACGGAAUCUGGAUACUUGGAUGCAGUCAAGCGGUGUCAUCCUACAUCUACAAGUGUGUCAAGUGUAGAAAGUUCAGAAGGUGUACGGAGGACCAACGAAUGGCAGACUUACCCCAUGAACGGAUGGAGACCACUCCUCCCUUUACCUAUUGUGGGAUGGAUUGUUUUGGUCCUUUCUACGUCAAGGAAGGAAGAAAGGAGUUGAAGCGCUACGGUCUGCUACUCACCUGUUUGUGCUCUCGCGCCGUACACAUAGAGCUACUUGAUGACAUGACUACUGACGCUUUUAUCAAUGCGCUCCGCGCAUUCAUCGCUCUACGAGGAAAUGUUCGACAACUUCGAUCAGACCAAGGUACAAACUUUGUGGGUGCGAGACGCGAGUUCCUUGAAGCUGUAAAAGAGAUGGAUCAAGAGAGUCUAAAAGAACUUGGCUGUGAGUUUGUGAUGAACACUCCUUCUGCAAGCCACAUGGGCGGCGCCUGGGAAAGGCACAUCAGGACCAUUAGGAGUGUGCUGACAUCCAUCCUGGAUCAGUCUUCUCGAAGACUGGAUAGCUCAUCUUUGAGGACUUACCUGUACGAGGUAAUGGCAAUCAUAAACAGCAGACCUCUAACUACUCACCUUCUCAAUGAUCCCACAGGGCCACAGCCUCUAACGCCUAAUCACAUUUUGACGAUGAAAUCCUCGAUAGUCCUGUCUCCUCCUGGAAAGUUUGUGAAGGAAGACCUGUACUUACGGAAAAGAUGGCGUAGAGUGCAAUACUUAACUGAAGAAUUCUGGUCCCGAUGGAAGAAAGAGUACCUGUUGAACCUACAACAAAGAGAAAAAUGGAACAAGACGAAGAGAAAUGCAAGGAUCAAUGACAUAGUGAUUAUAAAGGAUGAAAAUACACCAAGAAAUGAAUGGAAGCUGGCUAAGGUCACACAAGUGUACCCAAGUGAAGAUGGUCAUGUGAGGAAGAUACAGUUAUUGAUCAGCAACUCAGAACUAAGUGACACUGGAAAACGAGUCAACAAGCAAACCUACCUGGAGAGACCUAUACAUAAGACUGUGACCUUGCUUGAAGCAGAAUGAGAGCCUCCAGUCUACCCUCUCUAGAGCCCCUCCCUAGCGCCAGCUAGCUUAUGACCUAAUCCUUAGUUAUAGUUACCUUAAUUAUACUUACCUCAGUUAUACUUGCCCUUUUUCUCUUAGUUCUACUCAUUUCAGAUAGUUGAAGGAAAUCACAAGUGAUUUGGUGGGAGUGUAGCUGCCAUAAGAAAAUGCACUGUAAGGAACGUUUUGAGCUAAGCUCUAUUUCCAAGUGGGAACCAAUUUCAGUUUUUGUGUUAGCGGUUCCUUUUUGUGAGUUACACAAGGGCGAGAGUGUCUGAUUUUGAGCCACCGGGUGGCGACGUUUUUCCGUUUGAACAAGCAAGUGGUGAAGAACGCAAGAAAUGCUUAUUUUGUGUCCUUUCUGAUAGCAUUUUUGUUUAUUGUUGAAACCGGAGUUUGAAGACCUGUAUUGUCAGGAUUUACGUUUUUCUUCGUUUUCUCCCUCGAGCAAAUGCGGCAAUGAGUUCUCACGGCAUGUGUGUGGAGAAGUUGAAUAAAUGCCCGUUUUGAAGAA